CACAGAAGCACUUGUGAAUGGCUAGACCAUGUGAAUCGAGUUAUACCAUACUCCCCCCUCAAUUACCGCAAGGAGAAUUUCGCUUCUCUGCACAGUCAGUUCUCACAGUCCAAGUCAGACGUCAAACUUAUCAGUUCCGAAUACUCAUUGCAGACACCGAGCCUGUUAGCAAGAGCUAAGCAGCUAGCUGCAUACCGAUGUGACAUUUGCAGUUUAGCCACCGUGAAUUCUUUCCUCGUCAAGUCUAGCGCAGAUUGACUUCUGUGUCAUAUCCCAUAAAUUACGACGAGCAGUCAUGUCUAGAAGAACCGCCAAUUCAGGAGUUGACAAGAUUAUAUUAGACCGUGAAGAGCAGGAGGACGCUAGAAGGAACUUAGCAUCAAUUCAUGCCAUUGACUCGUUUUCAAGUACCGACACCAUUGCUCUGGAUAUCGAUCCUGCCGUACUAGUAACUCUGUCUCAAAACACUCCCUCUCAAUUCUCAGGCAUGGCUUCAUCACCAGUCUCCGUUCAACAAUCCAGAUCUCCUAAACAAGCAGAGCUGAAAGCCGGAGACAAGCUGGUUGUCAACAUGUCCACCAACGAAGCCUAUGAUCAGUGGGCCUCAGUCUACGACAGCGACGGCAACAUCCUCCAACAAAUGGACGACCUCCAACUCACCUCUCUCCUCCCAGAAUUGUGUAAGAGCCUCCUCGGAACUCCACCAACCCCAACAUCCCCCCAACGACCUCUCAUCAUCGUCGACCACGGCUGCGGCACCGGCCGCAAUACCAUGAAGCUCCUCGCCUUCCCCUGGCCCCCAAAUCGCCGCGUGCACGUCGUUGGCAUCGACGCCUCCACCGGCAUGCUCGGCGCCGCAAACGCAAAGAUCGCUCACGCCCUCAUCCAGCAUGACUUCCUCCACCCCUCCAACCCCUCCUCCGCGCCCAUCGCGCUGAACACGACCGCGCUGCUCCCGCCCGACUGGUCCGGCGCGGUCCCCACCCACGAAGGCAUCGCGGACGCGGUCAUCUCGACGCUAGUGCUGGAGCAUUUCCCGGGACAGGCAUAUUUCUCGUCGAUCGAGUCGUUGCUUGCGCCGGGGGGGCCGGGGUUGGCGCUGGUGACGAAUAUGCAUUCGGAGAUGGGGAAUCUAUCGCAGGCUGGGUUUCAGAGCACAGGGCCAGAUGGGAAAGUGGUGAAGGUGCGGGGAGUGAGUUAUGUGCAUACGGUGGAGGAGACGGUGGAAGUGGCGCAGGGGGGUGGGUUCGUGCCUGUGGAAGAGGUGAGGGAGGCGACAGUGGAUGAGGGGAUGGUUGAGAUGCUGGGGAAGAGGAGUCAGAAGUGGGUGGGGGUGAGGAUUUGGUAUGGAGGGAUUUGGAAGAGGGAUUCGUGA